AUGCUAAGAUCAGCCUUCCCGCUCGUCUUCCAAUUCCCACACCGGAAACCGCCCCCAAUCCCUCCGCGCCCACCACCUGUUCGUCGGUAUGCCUCUCCCACCGCCGCCGCCUUCCCACCGCUCCCUCCAGCUUCCGCCUACGUCCACCUCCCCUUCUGCCGCAAGCGCUGCCACUACUGCGACUUCCCCAUCGUCGCGCUCGGCUCCUCCUCCCCCUUCCCCCGCGGCGACGGCGACGACCCGAGGAUCUCGGACUACGUGCGCCUCCUUCUCCGGGAGGUCGCCGCCACGCGGCCCGUGUCUGAUGACGGCGUGCCCCUCGAGACCAUCUUCUUCGGCGGCGGCACGCCGUCGCUGGUCCCGCCGAAGCUCGUCGCCGCGGUACUCGACGCGCUGCGCGCCAAGUUCGGCCUGUCCGCGUGCCCGGAGGUGUCCAUCGAGAUGGACCCCGGCACCUUUGACGCCGCUAAGCUGAGGGAUCUGGUGGGCGUGGGCGUCAACCGGGUCUCGCUCGGGGUGCAGGCGUUCCAGGAGGGCCUGCUUCGUUCGUGCGGCCGCGCGCACGGCCUGCGGGAGGUGCACGAGGCCGUCGGGAUUGUGACCGGCUGCGAGGGGCUUCAGAACUGGAGCAUGGACCUCAUCUCCUCGCUGCCCAACCAGACCCAGGACAUGUGGGAGGAGAGCUUGAGGUGCACCAUCGAUGCCCGCCCAACGCAUGUCUCCGUCUAUGACCUGCAGAUUGAGCAGGGCACCAAGUUUGGCCAAAUGUAUACACCUGGUGUAUUUCCUCUUCCAAAUGAAACCGACUCUGCGAACUUCUACAAGAUGGCUUCGAAACGGCUUUCUGAAGCAGGAUAUCAACACUAUGAGAUCAGUAGCUACUGCAAGACUGGCUAUGAGUGUAAGCACAAUGUAACUUAUUGGCAAAACCGGCCAUUCUAUGCGUUUGGUCUAGGAUCAGCAAGCUACAUCAAUGGUGUCAGAUUCUCUAGGCCCAGGAGAAUGAAAGAUUACGCAGACUGGGUUCAGAAGCUGGAAGAUGGAACUUGGUGCCACGAGUCUAGCACCUCUGAGCUCAAGGAUAUGGCAAUGGACUCCGUGAUGCUAUCACUGAGAACAGCUUCGGGGCUAGACUUGCAUAGGUUCAGUAAAUCAUUUGGAAAGAAUCUGACACUGUCAUUGUGUACCAUGUUUAGGCCGUUUGUUGAGAGCGGACUUGUAAUCGCCAUGGAUACAGACCGACAGGCGCUGCAACUUAGUGAGUUUGAUGUGGAUUUAGAAAACAAGGGCGACACUGGAAGCAGGGUUGCCUUCAUCCGGCUGAGUGACCCAGAUGGAUUUUUAUUGUCCAAUGAGUUGAUCUCGCUAGCUUUUGGGAUUAUUUCGCCAUAACAGUGGUGGGCUUUUAAUCGACAAUUUUCUCUUUUACUUGUUUUAUUUCAGCUGACCAAACUGACAUGCACUGAUAUAUAGACAAACAACCAUUUGCUGAUCACCGAGAUCCAUAGUAUGUUCAUAUCAGUGUAAAUUGAAACUCCUAUUCCGUAUUAGUUCUGAGACAACUAUUACACUAUAUGCACUCAUGAUUAUCUUGUA